CAUAAUUUUACAUAAUUUAAUUAGUAUGGGAAUAACAGAAAAUACCUGAAGAAGUCAAUUACGUAAAAUUUACGACGUUACUACACCAAGUCAGUUUAUCUGCAUGAUCAUAUCCACAGUGCUGCUGUUGUACUUCCCAACGAUUAUUGAGUCUUCAAAGACAUAUACACGCUAUAGACAACUUGAACGGCCAGAUUAUGAAGUUGAAUCUGUCAAUGACUUUUGGAUGAUGAUCCCUCUUUGUGCCGCUCUUAGAUUAAGCAAGAUAAUGAUUGCUUAUAUAUCCAAAAGCUUUUUUUUGAGAAAGCUUAGUCCAAAAUAUAGCGAUGGUGACCUUACUCAGAAAGUCGAUAAAUGUCUCAAAGGCGUAUUUAAAGUGGUAUAUUUCUCUGUUGUGUUCUACAUUGGCUUGUUUGAAGUGCUAAACAAGACAAAUUUCGGUCCUCGCCUUACUCUUGGUGAUGGAGAUCAUCGAUUAGCAUUGGGGAACUUUCCUUAUACCCCAAUGCCCACCAUGCUGAAGUUUUACUACAUGUUGAGUAUGUCAUAUUACGUUGAGGAUGGAAUUGGCCACUUGUUCCAGACUCCGAAAUUUGAUUUUUGGGAAAUGAUUCUCCACCAUAUUAUCGCUUUCAUGUUAUUAUUAGAUUCAUAUAUAAAUGGACUAUGGAUUUUUGCCGUUUUGAUCCUCCCACAAAUGGAUUUCGAGGACAUCUGGAUUGGCCUUAUCCGCUGCACCAUGGACUACUGCCACGAUGCAGUAACGCUAGUCAUUUAUAGCACAAUCUGCAUUUCAUGGAUCUGGAUGAGGUUUUUGGUCUUCGGAUACGUAAUUUUCUACUCUUUUUCCUUCACUUGAAGAGUUAGUCUUGAUAAUGACACCAGGAUCAUAAUGUUCAAUAACUUAUGAUUGGUGACCCUUACCGGGCUGAACAUUUACUGGUUCAUCCUGCUACUAAAAAUGGGUCUGGGAUUCUUGAAGAACAAUAAGUGAGAAGACAUGCAAGCAGUUCUCAACUUGGAGUGCGACAAGACAAAACAGAAAGAAAUUAAAAAUUUGAAUUAA